AUGACCAGAAUUCUCUCGGAACUGUCCUCUCCUGCGGCGACCCAUCGGUCGCCGGAGGACCAAGAUUUGUUGGAAAGGAGCACCAGAAAGCCAAAAAGAUUGAGAGGUCAACUGGAAAGUCCUUUGCGUCAAUCCUCUGUGGAUGCGGCGCAAGAAACCCCAACAGGAGAUGAACUGAUGUCGCCGGACCAGUGGAAGACUCCCGUCGCGACUCCAAUCAAUGCAUGGGGCCGGAAAGAGGUAAUCUCCCAUCCUCAACCUGAAAUUGUUUCUGACGAUGAUGCUAUGGAGGACGAGAGUUUUGUGUCCGAAUACCCAAUAAUCCGGGUAACUAAAGAGGAGAAGGAAAGACUCCGGCGACCAUGGCGCCGUUCACUCAUCCUCAAGGUUCUGGGCAGGACAGUCAGCUACUCAUAUUUGCAGCAAAGGUUACAAAAGAUGUGGAAAACAGAGGCUCAUUUUGACCUAAUUGCGCUUAAUCAAGACUAUUUUAUAGCCAAAUUUGAGUCCCUGCGAGAUUAUGAGUAUGCUAAAUUUGAAGGCCCUUGGAUGAUUUUAGAUCAUUAUGUGGUAGUUCAAGAAUGGGAACCGAAUUUUAGCCCCUAUAAUAACAAAACCAAGAAGCUGCUGGCCUGGGUGCGAUUUCCGGAUUUACCGAUCGAAUACUUCGACGAAGACUUCCUCAAGAAAAUUGGUAAGACAGUGGGUAGGCCAAUUAAAAUCGAUACUGCAACCCAUCUUGCAUCCAAAGGGAAAUUCGCUAGGCUGUGUGUUGAGAUUGAUAUAUCCAAGCCUCUCCUCUCGAAGUUUGUUCUCAAUUUCAUGGAAUGGACCAUCGAAUAUGAAGGUAUCCAUUUGAUCUGCUUCAACUGUGGCUGCUAUGGUCACCGGUCGGAGAACUGCAGCCCAGAAAGCUUAAACAAAGACAACCUGGAAGGAGAUCUGGCUCCAACAACGACCCAAAUCAAGAACAGCCAUGUACCAAAAGAAAAAUAUGGUACAUGGAUGCUAGUCACGCGUAAGGAAAGAAGAAGGCCAAGAAGAGACUUCAGACCACCGACUGAAACCCAAGGGGGCAGAAACCAGUCAUCGCCCAAGAACAGCCAGGAAGCAAACGAGGAUAUCGGGAUACAAUCCCGGUUUACUACUCUACAAGACUUGGAUGACACUGGGACAGAACAGAAUGUAGAAGGACAGGAAAGAUCGGCAACAACACCACAACCACCGCCGUCCUUGCCCCGAAUCAGAACCAAAACAAGAAAUAUGCCAGUUCAAACAGUGCAAUUAAGGGAGGGAUUAAUUCAAACGGUACUAGACAACAGAUGGACCAUCAAAGGCAGCCAGGCACAUCCAUGCGAGGUGGUCUUAGGGGACGCCAAGGCCAAGGUGCCACUCCCAAUCGUGCUGCCGCAGAAUUAG